AUGGAAAAGAUAUCAGAAUCUCAAAAAUCAGCAGAUGCUGAAUUGUACCAAUUGUAUUCAAACAAGACAAAUAACGAGUUACUUGAAGAAGAAACCAAUUACAGCGUAAUAGCUAGAAUAUUUCACAGUAGAAAUAACAUCAAAGAAUAUUUGGUGUUUCUAAGGAAUAAGCUGGCAUAUGGAUUGGAACACGAGAAGACUGUUGCAUACAAAAUAAUUUUAGAUCACUUAAUUGAAUUGGAUGAUGAAUACAUCAACGAAUUUGUCAAUUACAACAACAUAGAACUAGAAAGACUCUAUGGUGGAAUAUGCAGAAGUAGAAAGGAAAAAAUAACCAAUUUGAUGAGUUACAGCACUGGUGUCUAUUUAGGAUACACCAAAAACAACACAGAUUCAACCAAGGCAAUCAAAGAAUAUUGGAUUAAGAUCAAUAGUGAUAUUGCUGAAUAUUUCAGUGAAGAAGAUAUCAAAGAUAAUAUCAAAUACUGCCAAAAGUAUUUGAGCAAAAUCACUGAUUACAGUGAUAUUGAUUACGAAUACGUGAUGUACAUGAUAGAAAAUAGGAUAGGAAAUGUAAUAGAAAAUAUCAGGACAAUUUGUGAUAAGAAUGUUGUUAUGAAAAUAGCAAUGAACACAAGCAAUAAAAAGGUGUUCAAUGAAUGCCGUAAGAAAUGCGUGAUAAUGAACUGGAACAAUAGUGAGAUUGAAAUACUCAGAUGCUACCAUAAUGGAAGCAAAAUGGAUGGUGUUGAACAGAUUAAAGAGAGCAAAGGUAACAAAUUACUAGAACUAGCAAUAUCAUUCCAGUAUUUCAUCAGAUCAAAUUACACCAUUCAUGACAUCAUUGAUCUACCAGAAACAUUCUUCAAUUAUGGCUUGAAUAUUAUCAAGGAAGAUGACACCUGUAACAAACUAAUCUACAAAUGGUAUAGCAACAGGUUGUACAAAAAGAAACUAAUUAGAAUAGAGCGAGAAAUAGAUCAAAGUGGCGUAAAGAGUGAAAUUAUGGAAUUAAGACAGAGAAUAAUGAAUAGAAAAGCAGUUGAAAUGCAAUCCGGUAACAAAAACAGGGCUGAAUUUAUUACGGUGAAAUAUGAAACAGAAUUAUUCAAGAAAGACCUGAGAAACACUGAAGAGCCAAAAGAAUCUGAACAAACAGUGAAAUCAGAAAAUGAGAAAUACAUCAAAAUAUAUGAUACAGUAUUCAAUUUCAUCAAUGUGAGUGAUAACUACAGGGACAAACUGAUAUCAUUGCUGGAAAAUAUCAGUUAUAGAAUAUUCAUCAAAAUGUUCAAUGAUUUCUACAGAUGCGCCAAAAUGAACAACAGACUGAAUUAUUUAGAGCAGUUUGUUCUGGCUACGUUUGAUCAAUACACCAUAAAAUACGCUGAUGUCAAAAAGGAAUUCUGUGAUAUAGCACGUACCAGCAAAAACAAAGGUGAAUUAAUCAAAAUACUAGCAGGAUCAGUUGAAGAUAUCAGUGACCUUGUUUCAGAUCACAUCAGUAACAUGCAUGAUGAACUAAUUGAUGCAGUAUCAGAGGGAAUAAGCAGAAAUCGGAGUAUUAAAACAGGCAAAUUUAAUCAGAAAUGGGAUAAAAUUACAACACUAAUACUAUUGAAAGCAGGCAAAAUAGAAAACAAGAAUGAUGUUCUAACAAUAUACGAGGAUGAUAGAAUACUAGAAGAGAUAUUGACCAACAUUGAUCAGAACACUGAUGAUUGUAUCAACGCCAAACUGGUCAGAAUAUUCAUCAAUAGAGGUUCAUUGGAUUAUAUUGGUGCGUUAUUAAUCAGUAGAAUCAACAUCAUGAAAGUUGAUAAGGAUGAUUUUGGUAGAAUCAGGGAAGCAUGCUACAUGGAUGUUGUAAGAUACGUUACGAGUGGAAUCCAUUCUAUUUGUGAGGUAGAUCAAAAUAGAAUCUGUAGGAAGCUGUUGUAUGAACUGAGUAACGUCUUUCAUAGCAGCAUAUUUGAUACUGUGGUUGAAUAUCUGAAUAGAAAUAUGAAAAAUAUCAAUUCUGGUGAAAUAUUUGCAGAUGCUCUGUAUAAAAACAACGGUGCCAGUUACCUAUUUAGAACAUUUGCGAUAGAACAAAUUAAUAUAAACCAUUUGGAUGAAGUUGGAUUCAGCAAACUGAUGCAUUACAUGAUGAGAGAAAAAGAGGUGAUUGAUUUGAAUAGGACAUGGAUUCAGAGAAAUAAGACUGUAAUAGAAAAGAAGUACAGCAAAUUGCUUGAAAAAUGGUUUAAGAAUGAGAAAAUACGAUUUGCAAUGAAUGAGUUGAUAUGA